AUGAAUGUUAACACUGAUGUUCCAUUCGAGGAUGAUACGAAUAUAGAUGAAUAUGCUGAAAAUAUAGCCCUACAAGAUUUAACGAACAAUAAAAUAACCGCUACUGCUGGAAAUGAACAGGAGAGGGAGACGUGGCUUUUAUUAAAAGAAUCCAAUCCAUUUAAGAAGUUUUUUUACAGAGUAUGGUAUGGACCAGACGAACCUUCCGAUGAACGACCAACAUUUCCUUUAAAGUGGCAGUGGACGAAAUCUUUGGACGAAUGGCCCUUAGAAUCGUUCCAAAAACGGUUCCCAAAUAAAACAAUUAGAUUCAUUCUAUUGACCGUAUAUUGCUCUAUUUGGUUUGUCGUGCUUUUUGCAUUUAUACAUCCAUAUUUGAUUAGACCACCAUAUUUGUAUCCAAAUAAUGGUACAGAGAAAGUUCCAAUCUUAUCACUAAGUUGUAACUCAUAUUUGAAUUGGGAAGGAACAAAUAAUGCAUGUGGGCUCGACGCAAAGAUGUGUGGCCCAUUUGACGGGAAGGAAUAUCUAAUUAGAUGUCCUGCCUUGUGUGAUAGAGGAGGUUGGACGUAUUCAGCUGUUGCUGUAGGUCCAGAUAGGAUUAAAUAUCGUGGGUAUGAAAUUGGAGGAGGUCCGGUCUACGAUGAAUCUCAUCCAGAGUUAUUAUCGUACCCAUAUCGAGCUGAUUCAUAUCCAUGUGCAGCUUCUGUUCACGCUGGAGUCAUAUCGCCCUUGUUUGGGGGCUGUGCUAAAUUAUCAACAAAUAAAUUGACGACAUCCUUUCCUCCAAAAGAGGGAAAACACGGAACAGGGUAUUCAAUAGCAUUUGACUCAUUCUUUCCUGGUUCAUAUUCUUUCAAGGAAAUUCAAGAGGGUAUCGCAUCUGGUUGUUACGAUCCACGGUUGAUUGUAGUUAUGGUCAGCAUUAUCUUCGGCUUACCAGUCUUUUAUAUUUAUGAAAGUAUCUACGGAUUCUGGAUAAAUACUAUUGUGGCAUAUUGGGUGCUUGUACUGGCACUAGAUCCACCGUUGUUAACUGAUGCUCAUGAUUCCGCAAGUGUUUAUCAAUUAUUUAGUGUUGGAUUCCAACGAUUGCUGCCUCUCUGCUUCGUCUUAUACGUAGUUUGGAAAUGUGCCGUAAAAAGAACCUUAGGAGAAGGUUCUCCUUUAGCCAAAAUCAUAUUAUGGUAUCCUACAUUUUGGCUGGGCACAAUGAAUAAUAUUACUUUUGAUAGAUUACCGGUAGAUAGACUUACAGCAAAGGACUUGAAAGAACAAGCAGGUGCUUUAACUGCAGUAGGUUCCAUUGCGGCUACAAUACUGGUAUGUGCCAUAAUCCAAGCGUAUUCACUUUGGAAAUCAGGAAGAUUUAGAAAAUACUUCAAAAUAUACAUUUCAAUGAUUUGCGGACUUGUGGUUCUUGGAAACAUACCAGGAUUAAAUUUAAGAAUUCACCAUUACAUUUUAGGUACUAUGCUGGUACCUGGUUGUGCAACAAGAGGAUCAUCGGCUUACUUAUUCCAAGGAAUCUUGGUAGGAUUGAUUCUUUCCGGUGUGUCUAGAUGGGAUUUUGCUAGCAUUGUUGAGACAGAUGUCGCUUUACUCAGAGGUGAAGCAGGUGCGCUAUUAAAACCUCCAUCUUUUGUAUUUAAUACGUCAUACCCACAUUCCCUCUCAUGGAUAGCAAAUCAAAAUGAAACAGACCACACAGGUCUCAUUGACGGGUAUUCACUUCUAAUCAAUGAUUUUGAAGCUUAUGUUGGGAAAAACACUUCACUGGAUUUAGAUAUCCUCAGAGAGGAAAACGAGGAACUAUCAUUUAUGAUUAAUGAAGCGUUAAGUGUUUCGAACGGAACCGUUCCCUUAUAUUUAAGAUUGGCGAGAGCUUCAGUUAGAACCCCAGCAAAGAACCGUGGUGACUAUACGAAUGCAGGGAUUCUUGAAUGGCCAAAUGGAAAUUGGACCGCCCCCGAACCUGGUGUUUCAUGA